AUGAAGUUUCAAGAACAAUUUGGAUUUCAUAUAAAAGAAGUCACUUUUGUAAAAUUGUCUGAAUAUUUGAACGCCUCUAAGGACUCAUCUAGUUUGGCAAUAUCGAGGAUUUUGUUUGGAAUUACAAUGUUAUUCGAUAUUCCGGACGAGCGUGGCGGCGCUAUUAUGGACAAACGCUGGAGAGAACCAUCGACUUGCCACUUCCCCCUUAUCCCCUUCGUGCGAGCUAUGCCCAUGCCCUACAUGGCGCUGGUUUAUGCGGGUCUUUGGAUCGGAGCUUUCGGUAUUGCAUUGGGUUACAAGUACCGCUGGUGCGCGUCAACGUUCACGGUUUGCUAUUGGUAUAUAUUUCUAAUAGAAAAGAGCUAUUGGAACAACCACAGCUACUUAUUUGGAUUGGUCGCCCUGUUGUUCACUUUUACAGAAGCUAAUUGUUAUUGGUCCUUAGAUGUGUACUUGAAUCCCUGUCAGUCAAAGCCGUCGGUACCGUAUUGGAACUAUUUUAUUUUGAAAUACCAAUUUUUCAUACUCUACUUUAUGGCUGGUUUAAAGAAAGGAACCGCUGAAUGGUUAACGGGAUACUCAGUGCAAAAUCUCAGCGAACACUGGGUUUUUAACCCUUUCAAAUUAUUUUUAACCGUUGCACAGACAGAUUUUCUUAUAGUCCACUGGUUUGUGUUUGCAUUCGACUUGACCGUGGCUAUGUGGAUGAUGUGGGCGCGAACGAGACAUGUUGCCAUGUUCUUCUGCGCUCUCUUCCAUCUGAUGAAUAGUAGACUAUUCAGUAUAGGCAUGUUUCCAUGGGUCUGCUUAGCUACGAUGCCAUUAUUUUAUCCUUUCGAUUGGCCAAAAAUAAUCUUGAAAUAUGCGGAAGAGAUAACAGUGAAAGGACGAAUUUGCAAAUAUAUAUACGGAUAUAUAUUUAGUGUAUCUAAUCACCAACAAAACGCCACGAAUAUAACAAAUAAAGAUUCUGUUACGGAAGAGAAAAUACACCCUGACAAUGAAAUCAUUACCAACAAAAUGGAGAAAAUUGAAGAGAGCGAAUCAAGUGCAGAUGAGAAAGAAGGAGAUAAAUUGAAGCAUACCACAGAUGGACGAAUGAAUUCAAUAACAUUUGCUUUAAUAAUAUUUCAUCUAGUAUCUCAAGCAUUUCUGCCGUACUCGCAUUUUAUUACGAAGGGUUACAACAAUUGGACUAAAGGACUCUAUGGGUAUUCAUGGGAUAUGAUGGUACAUACCUGGGACAUUGACUCAGUUGUUAUCAAAGUAGUCGAUAACAAAAACGGUGAAACAUUUUACGUCGAUCCUUACGUAUAUUCUCCCAACGACCGUUGGACCAGACAUGGGGACAUGGUCUACCAAUACGCCAAAUGUUUGAAGGACAAUAUUAGGCGAAAAGAUGAGAGUCUAUCAACGAAUAUCUCUAUUUACAUAGAUGUUUGGUGUUCAAUGAAUGGUAGGUUCACUCAACGCAUGUUCGACCCUAAGGUGGAUUUGUUAAACAUAUCCUGGUCAGCGUUUGAGCCGGUGUCUUAUUUAAUGCCGCUACUGGAUGAAGCGUUAGAAUGGCGUAGUAUUUUACAACAGAUAAAGGAAGACGUUCACUCUUGGAACAACUAUAGUGAUGUUAUAUUUAUUGCUGAUUUCCCAGGUUAUGUACAAGAGAAAUUCAUUCCAGUUGAAUUAUUUAAUGUAACAAUGACUAUGUUGGAUGGCAUAGUGGCAUAUGAGCCUGAGAUUACUACGGAGUUAAACGGACAAUCGUAUCGUUUGAGAAAAGGGAACAUAAUAAAGCUACAUUCUGGAACAUUCCAUAAGAUUCUAAAUAUUGGGACAACACCAGCCUACUACAUGUACACAUUCGCUAAUAGCACUGAAGCAACUAAUUUUGUUACUCCAUCCCCAAAACCAAAGCUGCCAAUAGACCAAGAGCUAACGAGACGAUUUUUCAAUAUGAUAACAUUCGCUAAAUUAGUCUUAACAAAUACAUAUGAAAUGUUGUUUAAAUUCAAGCAUUGUUCU